UUACGAUUGCACAACAUUUGUUCCCAUUCUGAGCUGAGACCGGUCAUAGAUGCUACAUUUGUGUGGGGUGGCUUCGGCCGUCCUCCCUUCGACGAGGAUCUCUCGCAUCAGCUCCAGCUGCUAUCAAGAGGGUUGAUGCUGGAAGGUGGAAAUCGCCUCAUCAGACUUUUGCAGAGGAACACUGGCAUUUUUGUGCUGCAAAUAGACUGGAAUCAAGACAUGGAACUCUUUCGGCGUUUUUUUCUGUUUAGUCUUAUGAACUGCACCGAGCAUCUUUUAAAGCUGGAAAGACCAGGAAAGCUUCAGAAGAAGUCUGAAUCCUGCUGGACCACUUCCUCUAUUCAUUCGUCCUAG